AUGGAUUUGGACCCCGUAUCGGAUCAGCCUAUGCAAGCAGGUCUUCCUGAACACUUACCCCAAGAACAACCUAUGGCGUACACCAUUGCGGAUGGUGAGGAUGUGGGUUUUGGCUCGGAUCCUUCAGAGGUUGAGGAGGCCCCAUCGGAUUAUUCGGAGGAGUUUCACUCCUGGGAGGUAUUUGGAGAUGAGGAUGUUCCUGAGGCCACACAGGAAGAUGCUCAAUCAUCCAGAAGCACAAGGCAUGAUUGGGAGCCUUUUAGGAGUCAGGAGGAUUUCAUGGCAUGCCUCAUGACUGGGUAUUUGCGUAACAUGCUCUCACGAGUUACAUACCUCCUACUCAGGUUGAUAUUGGCCAUGAAAAAUUUAAUUCUGCCGCACUGGGACUCUGUCCGCCGGACCAAGCAAAGAAUCAGGACUAUGCUCAAUCUAACAACCAAGGAAUCACUCAGUGUGUGGAAUAAUAAGUUGUUCACACUGAGUCUGAAGGGCAUCCUUGCGAAUGAACUUCUGAACCCACUGGUUACCUCAAAUCUGGAGUUCUAUCCUCACGACCCUGCUGGCUCACAAAUAGACAGCCUGUAUCAGUGUUUCAAGUGGCGCGAGGAUCUAUCUCGGGACCUCAGGGUCCAGAUGAUAUACAUUGGGAACAAGCACUACUAUAUUUUUGAACCCGUACGGCUAACCUCGGGAGAGGUCAUUGUGCCCAUCUACUUUUACAAGUCCAAUGGAGGCAUAUAUGCCAAAUGCCUGACUCCCCAUUAUGAGCCCACUAAAGGAGGCAAAGGUCUGAAGUUGGUGAUUCCGUCAGACAUCAAGUUCUGUGAUCAGGCCCUGCAGACUAUAGAUAUCAAGGAAUUUGACGAGAUGUACUCUGAAUUGUAUCUGGAGGACAAUGUGAGUUUGGCUGAUGCGUGUGGAGGGAGAAUGUAUGAGGAUCUAAAUGGCGUAGAAUCAGAAAUUGUGCUCCCCAAUCCUUGGCGGGUUAAGGCAAAUGGUAAGAUCAUUAGGCACAUGCCCAUUACCCUGUAUUCGGAUGACACCUCGGGGAAUACAUCCAAACAGUGGAAUAAGCACAUCUCAUUCUACUUCACAUUGGCUGGCCUCCAUCCCCGCAUGACGAAUCAGGAGUAUCACUGUCAUUUCCUGGGCACUUCCAACGUCGCUGGGGUACUGGAAUUGGCGGAGCCCAUAGUGGAAGAGAUGAAUGAAUUGGCGACCAAUGGCCAUUUUGCAUAUGAUAGCCUCCUCAAGCAGGAUGUACUCAUCAUGAGUGUGAUAAUGGCAUUUCUGGCAGACUCUCCGAUGCAUGCUGAGAUUACAAGCACCCCACUUCCAGCAAAUGCAAAUAGCCCUUGUCGAGUGUGCCAACUAUCAGUUGCACGCAAGGUGGACAAAUCCCUGAAAUCAUAUGUCAUGGACUUAAUGGGAUUAUCUGAUGGGAUCCGCCAGGCACCCCCACCCCGCAACUGGGCAGACACCAAGUCUAGGUUGCAUUCGGCUUGGAAGGACUCUAAGACCAAUGCCAAGACCUCUUAUGAUGACAAAAUCAGGGAACAUGGACUGAAGGACAACAUCAAUGUAGAGUUUGUUGAGAAGUACCACCAGCGGAAUAAACCAGGGCAAAAAGAAUCCAUAGACCGCAUUGAUAAACUUACAUUUGAUCGCUUGUUCAGUCCAUUCUUGAAUUUAAAAGGAUUUGAUGGCACCAAGGAUACACCUGUGGAAAUUUUACAUGUCUUCCAACUUGGGAUAAUCAGGUAUCUCCUGAGAGACUUCAUGAAAGGCCUCACGGCAGGGGACAAAAAAUUGUUGGAGGCCCGUUGGAGGGCCUUCAAUUCAGAAUCACUGAAUGUUCCCCCUAUUCAAUCAUUAUUCAUGGUGAACCACUACAAGAGUUUCAUUGGGAAACACAUGAAAAUAGUCAUUCAGGCGGCACCAUUCGUAUUUUUCCCAUUCAUGACCACACAGCAGAGGGAGUUGUGGAGGUCCUUGUGUCUCUUGUGUACAUAUGUCUACCAGACCAAAAUUGAUGACAUGGACCUAUAUAUAGCAGAUCUCCAACAUCACAUUGAUAUGUUCAUGUAUCAUGUCCUGAGUAUGACUGCACAAUGGGUGAACAAGCCCAAAUUCCAUAUGCUAACACAUCUUGCAGACGCCGUCAGGAGAUUUGGCCCCCCAUGUUUGUUUGCAUCAGAAAAGUUUGAAUCUUUCAAUGGAAUACUGCGAAAUGCAUCCAUACACUCCAACCGACAAAGCCCUGGAAAGGACAUAGCCAUCACUUUCUCAAAUUACCAGGGCAUGAGACUCAUAUUGUCUGGGGCCUUCCUUUUUGACCAUCAAAGAAUGUAUCAUUUCCAACCAUCUUUAAAUGUAACCGAGGUAUUCCGGACCAACAAGGGGGUACAGAACAUGAUGGGCAUAGACCUCUCAUAUGAACCCAAAUAUCCUAUCUUGAUCAAAGGAGAGACAUCCCAAGCAAAAUUGGAUCAAACCCCUACACCACAUUAUUUGAUGAAUGCAUACCCAGCUGCAAGGUGGAAGCUCAUCAGGAAAAUCCAAACCAGCUGA